UGACAAUGUUUAAGACAAUCCAUAUAUUUUGCCGUUGAUCUAAUCAUCAAGCCAAAAUUCGUAGCAGAAAAAGAUGGAAAUUGAAAAGGAUGUAGUCUUCAAACAACUUGAAAGCGAAGACAAAUCGACAAGACGAGCAGCUUUGCUUGAUCUCACGAAACGAGCAGAAAAACGACAAAUCGACAAACAAUUACUGUAUGAUCUGUUUGAUCCACUUAUUAAAGUCGCAUCCAGUGGUAAAGUUGACAGGCUGAGAGACUCUGCUUCCGUAAUUCUACACGCGCUCACUACCCAUGGAAGCAUUAGUAGCACACAAUUUCAUGCCAUAUUCAAUGUUUCUGUUGAUCGCUUUGAGGUGGAGCCCUCUGAAGAAAUUCGCUUGACAUUUGCCAGAGUCAAUCUUGCAGCCAUACUCAACCAAAGUGUACAGCCAAUCUACCUUGAAAAUUUGGAUAAGUUGAUGCAGUUGGUAAAACUGAUAGUCAGGGAUCGCUUUGGAGAAGUUGUCAAAGAAGCCUGUGAAAUCAUUGUAGCAUUGUCUGUAAGAAACAAGUAUUUUAGAUUGCAAGCUGAUUUUCUUGUUGAACCACUCAUGCAAAAUGUCAGAAGUCAACCAAUGAAAGUAUGAUUAAUGAGUAUUAAAGCUCUUGAGCCUGUGAUGAUUUACUCACCUCAUACUAUUCCAAAUAUUGCACCUCAACUGGAAAUAUUCUGGUCUGAGAGCAGCCCGGUGGUAAAACGUGCUAUGGCUCGCACUAUUGGCAAAGUUUCACUUGUAAUUGAACCAGACGAUCAAAAUUUCCACCUUUUGUUUCCUCUGAUUCUUCUGGGGAGGUGCAACGAAUUUAACAAAUUCAGCGAAGAAGCCGAAAGCAUCUGCGAGGCGCUAACAAAUCAACCAGAAUUUCAUCGUCGAUUUGCGAAAUGUUUCAGCAAACUGAUAUCUAAAUUACUUGCAGACACCGAAAAUUGGAAUAACGAUCUCAGAAUUCAGUCAGCUCAACUCAUUUACCAAUUCGUACGUGAAGUACCGGAUAGGAAAUUCGAACUGUGUACGAUUAUGGAAAUCCUAACAUUUCAUUCGAGCCGUAACCAAGCGCCUUUUCGCAAUUGGGUAACACGGGAUUUCUAAAAUGGUUUCAGAUAUUGACAACAUCAACUCUUGGAUCGUACCUUGUGUUACCUCGGGCACGCAUAUCAGCUCUUCUUAUUGGUGAAACGUGCGCAUUGAAAGCCCUUUCAUGGCUUUUCGACCAAAAGCAAGAAGAAACUGAUAUCACUGACACAUCAGGCUUAACCAUAUACAGUCAUAUUGUUCAUGGAUUCCUCAAUGCAGUACAGUCCGAUU